UCCCAUAAAAUUUGGGGGAUUUCUUGACUACUCGAACGACUAUCAUGUUUUCAAGAAACACUUUGCUUCAGCCUUUUCGUUAGAACGUUCGAAACGUGACAAGGAAAGCGAGAAUGCCAAGGGAGAAGAGAGCGACGGGGGCACCAAGGCCAGGACCAAGGUGAAGAACCUCGGUGAAGAGAAGAGAGUAUCUUCAGAACAGACAAACGAGGAACGUCUUUCAACGGUAACUUCCCAACUUGAAGGGCAGCAGAGGGAGGAAGUGGAUGCAGCACACAACUUCAAAAGCUGCGAUGUAACAGAAAAGACUAAUAAAAAGUUACGGGGUGAUCUAACAGCUAUUCAGAAGAGGCUGGACGACGUCGAAAAAUUCAUGUUCGGACUUGGAUCAAAUAAAUGUCCUAUGAGACUAAAUGAAGUCGGGAAAGUGGAUGCUAAAACGGAGCAGGACCUUCUGGAAACCAUCAGCAAACUGAAGGAAGCUGUAGAGAGGAUCUCUUUCGAAAAUGAAACACUGCUAGAUAAAAUGAGGGAGGUAACAGAGCAGCGUCGCAAUGAAGACAAAAAUAAUGAGGCCAUCAAGACACUUAAUGAGGCUGUACGCACGUUCAAAACUGAUAAUUUUAUAGAUAAAAUUUCCGAACUGCAGGAGCAGCACCAGAAUGAAAAGAAAGGAAAUCAGGAAACCAUAAAAAAACUGAAUGAAGCUGUAGAGAGGAUCUCCUCAGAAAAUAAGAAGUUCCUAGUUAAGAUGGCAGAACUGGAGGAGAAGCACCACAAUGAAAAGAAAGAAAAUGAAGAGAACAUCAACAGACUGUGUGAGGCUAUGGAGAUAAUUGCUUUAGAUAAUAAGAAAAUGAAUGUUAAAAUAAAGGACCUGACGAAGCAACGCCAUAAUGAAACAAACGAAGAUCAGGAACAUAUCGACACAAUGGGUGAGCCUGCAGAUAUGAUUUCUUUCACAAAUGAGAGAAGACAUGUUAACAUGGCGGAGAAGAACUGCAGAAAAGUUAAAUACAAUGAUGAUAUCGUCAACAGGCUGAACAGACUGAAUCAGGCUGUAGAUAGGAUUUCAUAUGAUUACAAGGAGCUGAAGGAGGAAAUCGGUUUGUUUCGAAACUGCUUUCAGGAUGGCGACAUCGCAGUUGCCAAACCUGACGAGGCGGUGUAGCAUCUCAAUGCCAGUGGACACAGGAAACUCGAGAAGAAGCAG